AUGCGAUAUUCCAUUCCGCAGCGAAACGCAGAUCUUGGUCCUAAGGGUUCAAUCAGACUUCCGGCGACUAGAAAGAAUGCAAUGAAUGCGGUCACCCCCAUUCACAAUGGCAGUGGGGUUCAAAAGGGUGGGGAAAUGUCAACUCAAGCCAAGACGUACCAUCUCAAGUUCCCGGUGGAUCGUGCUAUCGAUCAAUUUAUUGCCUCCAUGGAACCGGACGGUGGCGCUAUCAGCCCGGGCGAGGUAGGUACGGAUGUCGAGAUUCGUGUGGGUUGUCCCUUUCACAAGCAUGAUCCGAAGACGCACCAGUCGACAUCGUGCAAAGGGAAGGGGUUGAUUGAGCUUGCCAAAUUGAAUUUGUCGCUGGAAAGGCUCAAUGCCGAUUUCAACUUCGGGAAGAGAGAGUACACUAGUCUACAGAUGCUAGAGAAGAAGUGGGAGUUGAUUUACCGGCGCCUAUUUGCCCUAGGGCCCAAAGAUCCCAUACCUUUGCCUUGGGCCAACGAAGAGGCCUUUCGUGGCCAGUUUGAAGGAUUCUCCUCCGGGCUUGUGAGCGUUGCAGGUCGCCGAGCAAUGGAAGAAAAAGCCUUUCAAGACGGGGUCAUCAAUUUUGCGCGCAUGUACGUACAGGAACGUCACUCUACAAGAUCGAAAUCAGUCGAUUCGGCAGUGGAUUCCAUGACGAACCCUUGGAAGAGCGCGACCCUGGACAUCCCCCUAUCGGCGCCCGUGUCUCACGAGAAUUGCUUCCGAACGACCACGGACGACGAGGGCUACUGCGGCCAAAGCCCCAGGCUUGCCAACAAAACCAGCACGAAUUCCGAUGCGUACGCACCAGCGUCUGCAGACCUCUGGUCAUUCGAACAAGUCUUCAGCGCGGACCCAUCUUCAACCAACAACCAGGAAUGGAACAUCAGAUCACAGCCUUUGUCAGCUGUUUCUACAGAUCAAGUCACGUCGCUGAAGAGCGUUCCGCGCUCUGGUCUACCACCCGAACCGAUCCUUCAGCCACACACUGGUGGCGCUUAUCACGAACACGCUCCGUCGAAUGUGAAUUUCAAUCCCAUGUUCAACUCGGAAUUAAAUUUGGAUGAAACUUCUGAAUCGCUAUCCGCAGUCUAUCCCAGCUUCGAAGAGCUCAGUCACACAAACGUAUCUCUACCGCUUCCAAGUACACGCCUUGGUAACGCGAACGAUCAUCUUGGUACGGAGGACUUGGAACACAAAUACGAGCCCAGUACCGACGAAGAUAUCUUUGUCAAUCCAAAGACUCUCCACUCGUUCUCGCGUUGUUAUUGUGACGCUUCAUUGCGUGUUUGCACGUCACGUUUGCUAUGGCACGUCAUUCAUAGCAGCAGACAUACCCCACCAGGCAACCGUAGAAAUCAACACCGACUUCAGCCGUUUGGAUCAGGUUUUUCCCGAUCAUGUCUAGACCCCUUUCUCGUGCAUAACAUCAUCAAGUCGAACUUGCAAGAGACUGCGACCCAAUCACCACUCUUAUUUUCAGUAAAGGACUUCUUUAGCUCAGGCAUGACAGAAUCAAAUAUUCACAGGCACAUUGAGGGAGGGAACGCAGAAUUCCUUGUGGGGUGUGUUUUAUCGGGUUUCAGUCUGAACCCUAGCAUUCGAAUUACCGACAAACUUUCGAUCAAGGCGGAUGCCAACACGAUACUAAUAUCAUGGCGUCCGAGCAGGGAAUUUGGGCCGUCAGUCAUGAAGGGUAUUCUUCAAUCGGUUGCUGGUUCGCUCAGGUUCUGUCACAGAGCGGACACCAACAACACACUCCACUCUACCGUGCGUGGACGCUUGUACACGAACACUAUCGCCGGCUUUUACCAACCGGAACAUGCGCUUGCAGCCGUGAAGCAUCUCCGCGGCAACCCAGAAGUGGACACGCAUGUGAUGUAUACUGUGUACUUCACUGCACCAAAAGAGCUCUCUGACGCUGUCUUGGUUGAUGUGGAAGAUAUCAUGUCGCAAGUUCCAGAAGCGAGCGCAGUCUGGGAGAAGCCUCGACAGGGUAUGGUCACAUUGCGCAUAUCGGGAACGGAUCAAGAAAAGGUCGUCGACAUGAAGAGAGUACUGGAGGCCAUAUUUUCAGGAAGAGUAGCGACCGCGGGACUAGGUGGCCAUGCUGCGCGAUACGAGAUCUGGCACGACUUCUUCGCAACUGCAUCUGGAGCUAAGUGGCUUCAGUAUCUAGCGCGAGAAAAAGGUGUGAUAAUCAUGAGUGAUAGAUUCCAACAGCGUCUGUGCAUUUAUGAUCCUGAACAGGACGAUGCACGGAUGAAGCUGGUUGAGCGCGACCUUGCAGAGAAAGCCAUCAUGCUGAGCACAUGGGAAGAGACGACCACCAUCCAAUUCACCUCGAAAGACUUCAGAGAGCUGCUUAAGUCGGACAAGAUUGCCCGUGCACAGAACAAGUUGGGUGAGUCGAAAGUCAGCCUUGACGUACUAAAGAAAACACUCGUCCUUCAUUGCCCUCGGCAAACCGCCUGGCUGCUUACAUUUGAGCUAAAUUUACCACUACCACCCUCAACGAGCAUGUCAAACAACCACACAUGUCCUCAAUGUGGCGAUGCGACGAACGACGUUAAGCUCUCCAAAUGCGGCCACUAUACGUGCAAGGAGUGCUUCGAUCAUCAACUGCAGGUAGCUUCAUCCGACCUAACAAACGAUCACUUUCCGCUGGUAUGCUGGCACGAAUUCUGCGAACAACCAAUAGCCAUCGCAGACCUGCGUAAAUACGCUACCGGCACAAUGAUUGAUGCGUUACUCAAGGCAUCCCUAACUUACUAUAUCCGAUCCUUUCCAGAUAUCUAUCGCAACUGUCGAGCGCCUGACUGUAAAGCAGUGUACCGGCGCAACGGAUCCUUUGAGAUCUUCACAUGCCCUACAUGUCUGACUCAAACAUGCACUCUAUGCCAUGUAGAGCCUCAUGUCGGCUGGACUUGCGCAAAGUAUGAAUCGCAUCUCCUCAGAAAUGAGCAUAACGAGCAGCUUCUAGACGAGUACAAAAUGGUGGCUGGUACGAAAGAAUGUCCAAAAUGCGCCACACUUAUCGAAAAAGUCGACGGAUGCAACCAUGUCGAGUGCAGCGGUUGUCACGGACACAUGUGCUGGGUGUGUCUCAAGGUCUUCCCACAAAGUGAGGCCGCGUACCAGCACAUGAACGAUGCGCAUGGAGGAAAUGGUCUGGUGGAAGGAGAGAACGGCGAAGACAGCGAUUCUGACAGUGACGAAGAGGAAAGCAGUGACGACGAUGACGAUGAAUGGGAGGAUGCAAACGAUUUUGCAGACUUGAUUUGA